GGCGUCGAGGUUGGCAACAGUGGCAUGCCGCGUGCCGCCAGUCUUCUCGCGGUGACGAUCGUACGACGAACCGGCCGAACGCUCGAAGCCGAUCGGGCGAUUCUCGUUCCGAUUCUCUUGAUCGUUCCUGCAAAUAUUCUCUACUUGCCGGAAGUGCAAUAAUUGGUUCACCUGAUCGGCAGGUGGCAAGGUGGGCCCCGGUGUUUGCCGACAAACGAUAGAUACUGUGAAUCAAGGCCACUAUUCGUCGUGCAACUCGUCGACGCUGGCGAACACUAACCACGGAUUGAAGCCGCGGGGAAUAUCUUCGUUCGUCGAGCAGCAGCAACAGAUGGCCGGGAUGAGCGUGCGGGACGGAAGAAGAAUGGACACCGUGAAGUCCUGGGCGGAGCGCAGCGUUUGGUCCCUGGUAUGCGCGAUGGAAUUAGGUUUGAUAUCGGACCCGUGUCUGACGAGCGUCUCGUUUGCCACGCUGUCCGAUGACAGGUCGCUCGUGAAGACACCGAUGCCCAACGAAUUCCCCUCGAUAAAUUCCACGAUCGAAACUGCUAGUCGCCCCCAGCUGAUGACCGGCCUGGCGUUCCCAGCGAGGACCGGCUCCCAGCGACGAGGAAGAAAACCAUCGUCCGCGUCGCCGUCCACGAGGUUAGCGGGCGUAUCUAGAACAGGACGCGUCACCAAAUCCACGACCACGGGGAGGAAGGUGCGCGCUGGUUGGACGAGGGAUCGCGGGCUGGAUCCGGGUCUCGACCGCGCGGCGAAUCCCACAGUGGCGAAUUUUUGGAGAUCCUGCAAGAGGAUACAGGAGACCCAGAGGAAACGGCCGGACCGAAAUUGCGGAGACGCGGACGAUCGUUUCCCGGAUCAGCCUCGGAGCGUCGUCCUCGCCCCGGGAAUUUGUUAUCGGACGCUGCAGGGCCCCAGACGCCGCGGAGACAUCGGCGAGAAGGGGGCUACGGUUCGAUCGAGCGGCUCCGCGGCCAGGGGAUUGGACCCGACGGUGGAUCACCAGUUGCGUCGCGGGAACGCGGCAAAACUCGUCGCCGAAGGUCGCGCGAUCAUGCGGCGGAGGCGGAAGAGGAGGCCGAAGCGCAAGAUGGCCGCGCGAAUCGUCGAGAACGCGAAAUCCGUGGCAUCCGAAAUUCUCCCGGCGCGCGACUGCGAGCCGGCCGUCCCCGACCUGGUGAGGGACGCGAUCCUCGACGAGGACCGAGCGGGAUCGUUCGACGACGAGCGCUGGGAAUGCGGGAACAGCUGUCGGCGCGCGACGGUAAACAGUCCACGCGAGGAUGGUCUUUGGGGUCCGAUAGCGAGCCACGACUACGAAAGGUCUUCCCCGUCUGAUAUCGAUCUAGCGACUGGUUUGCUUCCGCUGUCGGUGCUAGAAGAAACUAGGGAUAUGGAAGGUGGGGACGUUGAAGGCGGUAGCAGUCCGCAGGGAUCGUUCCUGGGGGAGGAACAAACGAUCUCGCCGGACGACGUCGACGCGCUGCCCCUGGCCAAAAGGAUCUUCGCCGGAAGCAAAUGUACCAGCGAAGAAGACGAGGAGAGUUAUUCGGCCGGCAGCGGCGCCGGAAGACACAGCAAACACGGUCGGACGUCGAGCACCGGAUCCCGCGAUUCGUAUGCCGUCCCGGCGGAUGCUCGCACGCCGAACGAACGUGAUUCGUCCGGCGACGAGCCGCGCUGCGAGAAACCGCGACGGCGGAGCGGUGCUCGCAAGCUGGACAGAGAUAGCAAUGAUUACCGAUCCAAGGACGAGUGCGGCGGUGAGUCGGAGGACAAGGUGGCCGCCGUGAAGAAGAGGAUAGCUAGGAACGGAGUGGUGACCACGUCCCUUAAGGACCCUGCCAGAACCGAUACGAUCCGCGCGAAGAUAUUUAAGAACGAUGAAGAGUAUUGCGAUAUUAGGAGGGUGACGCGGGGAUCGACUAGGAUCAGCAAGGAAAACUUCGUUGGGAAGCUCGUUUGGGGGUGUUGCUCUGGAUGGUGGCCAGCGUUAAUUAUCGACGCGGACCAUGUCGGAAUGUUGUCCGAGGCAGGAAAAUUGUGGGUUUACUGGAUCGGAGAAGCUCGUAUAUCAUUACUGAACGAAAAAACACAGAUCGAAUCGUUCUCGUGCAACCUGAAGUACAGACUGACGCAAGCCUCGAACGUGGCGCGGGUCCGAGCCAUUGACGCAACUAUGCAGAUGCUGCGCGGUUGUUUGGGCUGUACCUUGACGAAGCCCUACUCGAGCUGGAUCGAGAACAACUUCUCGGACGUGAUCGAGAUGAUCGAUGAAAUCAAGUUCUAUCCGUAUCCCGCCAGGAUACAGCAGAGGCUCGCCUAUCUAAAGGAGAAGAACGCGAAAGUCACCGAAAAGUAUUUGCUGGACCAAAAACGUGAAAGUCAACCGAGAAAGAUCGCCGAAAAACCGAAAGAGCCGCAGCAGCCGAGCGACGCGGAUUUAACGCGGUUGCCGCUCGGAGAGCAGAAUCCAGGUGUCAUAACGUGGGCAAAAAUCGCUGGGCACAAUUGGUGGCCAGCGAUGAUUAUCGAUUACCGGGACUGUUGCAUGCGUGAGCCGAGCUUCGGUUGCCAAUGGAUCAUGUGGUACGGCGACUACAAACUGUCAGAGGUCCACCACCAGUCGUUUUUGAGGUUCGAGAAGGGCCUGGAAAAGAUGCGCGACUACAUAAACAACACCAAGAAACACGCUUUCCUGGUCGGUGUCCUGCAGGCUUCGAAGGAUUAUUGCUUCCGAAUGGGACACGAAACCGAUAAUUGGACGCACGAGGAUGUGUUCAAAUGUUUUUUAAAAAUGAAUCGGACCCAGUCCCGGCAGAACCCUUUGAAAAAAGGGGAGUCCGCGAAAAUAUACGAUAAAUAUUCGACGCAUAUUGUGAAGAAGCUGAAUGAGCUGAAGAAUAAUCCGAACGUUGACGACCAACGCGCGGACGACAUACAGAAUAGCGAUGAUUUAUGUUCUGUAAUGAACGGGAAGAUCCCGCUGGAAUCUCUGUGCCUGAAGUGUCUGAAGAAUACUGGGGGCCCUAUGGAGACGCAUCCGUUCUUCGAGGGUUCUCUGUGCAUUCAGUGCUCGGAGCAAUACAAACCGUGCAUGUUCGUGUUCGGAAACGACGCAAAAUGCUUCUACUGCACGAUCUGCGCGGCGACCGGGACGGUGAUCAUUUGCGACAACGAGGACUGUCCGAGGGUUUAUUGCACCGCCUGCAUGAAACACUUGCUGUGCCCCACAACCUACGAGCAGGUCCUAAUGGAGGAUCCUUGGGAGUGCUUCCUCUGUAAAAGCAGGUCCGACUCCGUCCCCGACACGGUAGUGAGGCCACGAUCGAACUGGAAGGACAAAAUAAUCGAUAUGUUCCGGACGAACGGCAAUCCGAGCGUGCGGGUGGCUAAGCACACCGACCAAACGCGAAGGAUUCGGGUUCUCUCUCUGUUCGACGGUUUGAGCACCGAACGUUCAUCGAUUUCUACGAAGGUAAACCGCGCGGUUUCAGGUUUGCUGGUCCUCCGCAAGCUAGGCUUAAUCGUGGACGUGUAUUAUGCGAGCGAGAUCGACCCGGAUGCGCUGAUGGUCAGCGCCACGCAUUUCGGCGACCGCAUCGUCCAUCUGGGUGACGUCAAGGACAUCACGAAAGAGAAGAUCAAGGAGAUGGCGCCGAUCGAUCUGUUGAUCGGCGGAUCGCCGUGCAAUGACCUGAGCUUGGCUAAUCCAGCGCGAUUGGGUCUCUACGAUCCAAAGGGAACAGGGAUCCUGUUCUUCGAAUACUGUCGGAUCAUGAAGCUGGUGAAGAAACUUAACAACGGGCGUCACCUGUUCUGGCUGUACGAGAACGUCGCCUCGAUGCCGAGCGAAUAUAGAUUGGAAAUGAACAAGCAUCUGGGCCAGGAGCCCGACGUGAUAGAUUCUGCAGAUUUUUCCCCUCAGCACAGGCUGAGACUGUAUUGGCAUAAUUUGCCGAUAGAACCGCACUCGCUCUCUUUCCAAGGCGAACAGGACGUGCAGGAUAUAUUGACGCCACACUGCCAAAGAUAUGCACUCGUCAAGAAGAUUCGCACAGUCACUACUAAAGUGAACUCCUUGAAGCAAGGUAAAUUGGCCCUAAAGCCAAUCUUGAUGAAAGACGCAAGCGACUCGCUGUGGAUCACCGAGCUCGAGGAGAUAUUUGGAUUCCCGCGUCAUUACACGGACGUGAAGAAUUUAUCGGCAACGAAGCGGCAACGGCUAAUAGGCAAAUCAUGGAGCGUACAAACCCUCACUGCCAUUUUCAAGUCCCUCUGCCCCUAUUUCGAGUGCAAUGCCAUGGAGACCGAUUUCGCUGCAGCCACAACUCCGAAAAUCCGCGAUUAGACAUACGGGCCGUAGAAUCGUCGAGCGCCAUUACGUUACACGAAUGAUGAUUUUAUCUAGUCUGAAAAGAGACGAAUGUUUUCAAGAAUUUUUUUUAUUUCUCCUUUUUAAUCAUUUUUAUCAUUUAUUUUUAAUUUUAUUACAAUUAGAGUAACCGGUAAUUUAUGCCGUUUAUCUGUGCCUUGUUCACACGUGCUCGAUCGUGUUUUUGUAAUGUGUAUUCUUUCUACACCGCCAUGAGUGAAAAAAAUAUUUUACAGACAUGUUAAACGUAUCCUACAAGAUGUACCUCUUUAAUUGCUGUUAUCUUGGCAAUAAAAAUAAAAAGAUGAUUAUCAACAAUCAUUCUGA